AUGCAUCUCGUCAGGGCGGGGUCCCUGCUUGUUAACUGUGGUCAUGGUGAUACUGACAUGACCCUAGCGUGGGCGAAUAGUCUAGACCUCGACCAGCUGGCUGUCGAGGACGAGGUUAAUUCGCAUGUCUACGUCAAUAUAGUUACUCCCCAAACAUAUAGUCACGGAGUCCUCCGUACUCGAAAUUACAGUGGCAAAUACAAUUUGCCCUUUGCGCACGCUGCCCCCAAAUUGCAUGUACAGGGAUCGGUGCUCCACGGACCACGGCUAGUCCAGCAGUUCCCCGGGCACGAGAGCAUGAUUCAGCUACUAGCAUAUAAGCUACCAGCAACGGGGAGAAAAAUUGCUGCUUGUGGAGAACUGUGGCGGUGCAAUCACUUGUCCUCGCACGUAUCCUACCGACUUAAGUAUCGGUACCAUCGACAAGAAAUCAGUCGGACCGGCCAUCGGCGGCAAAAAGAGGGACGAUCAGGUCAGAACGAAGUUGGCCUUCGGAAUGCAUUCGAUACUGUCCUCCUAAUAACUGCAAACGGGAUGACGGAUAGUCUACUCAUGCACGACUUCUGGUUCGCAAUAGAUACCACGUUUCGCUCGGCGUCAGGGUCUUCUCCUGGUGUCGAGAUGCUGUCGGUUUCCAACCAGGGUCCUGUUCUGCCCCCAAGCCAGUUCGACCGAACCCAGACCGAGCAAGCCUCCGAACAAAACUUGAGAGAUGUGGCUGCCGAAGCCGUGCCGUAGCAGUUGAUCACGUCUUCUCAAUUAGUGGGUGAUGUUCACGCUGUCGCUGUUCAAUUGCAACUCUUCAUCAGGGUAUGUCGCCCGUUAUUCUAUUUGGGGAUAUAUCUACACUCGGUCACCAUUGAUCAGC